AUGGAGACCCAAUUAGAGUCGCUUAGUACGCUGUGUAAGAAGCUUUUAGACGCGACGACGCUGGCAAACUCGCAGACCAAGGUGCUGAUGAAGCACGCUAAUACGAUGUAUCUACGUGUUGAGAUGGCCAAGCAAUCCGCGGGACAAGCGGACCCGGACUUUGAUGAGAGCCUUAGCGGUGACGUGGCAGAAGCUCAAGAUCUGGUCCAAUCAGCGAUGGACGCCCUACAAAGCUGCCAGGCUCUACUCGGACCCCCCAACCCUGACGCGGAAUCUCCCCCCGCUGACGUGGCAUCGCCCCCAAACUCGCGCUCCGCUGAGGAGCAACACGUGGACCAACAGGACAACUCGUACUCGCAACAACCGCAUCCGCAUCAGCACGAGCAGCAGCAUCACAAUAAUCCGAAUCAGAACCACAAGCAGAGCCAUCAGCAGCAGCAGAACGGGGAUAGCAAUGGCGACAACGCGGCAUCCUCCGGCGGAGGAGGUUCGGCGGCGCCUGGAGCGCCAGGUUCGGCGGCGGCAGGAGCGGGAAGCGCGGGGGUUCCAGGUCCCCCUGUGCUUCCGCCGAUGUGGAUGUCUCCGCACGGUUUGGCGUUUUGGCCGCGCCCGGGGGGAAAUAACACCAUGCAUCAUCCUCCCCCGAUGGGGGGAAGCCUGGGCGGGAGGGGCAGCACAGGGGGAAUGGGGUCCCCCGCGCCCCCUGCGCCUGUGCCGUCCGCGGAAGGCAAGGAGGGAGUGCGUGGCGGAGCGAACGCAUGGAUGCCCGCGGGCGGGGGCGGAACGGCUGGAGGGGGCGCGGGGCAGCAUCAGGGCUUUGAAGCGCCGCAGAAAUCGCAUCUGGGGGGUGAAGGGGGGGCGCAAAAGUCGCUUCCGCCAUCCGAGGGCGCGCAGAAAGCGCAUGCGCCGCCGCAGCACCAGGGGCAGCACCCAGUGCAGCGGAAAGGGGGCGCGGGGAACCACCCGCACGCGGAAGGGCGGGGUGCUGCGGCUGCUGCUGCGGCUGCUGCUGCCGGCGCCGGUACUGGUGGGGGUGGUGGAACAGAGGAAGAUGGCGACGAUGGGGCAGUGUUGCAUAAAAGGCCGCGCAUGCCAUCAUCAAAGCCAUCAGCACCCGAGAUGCCGAUGGACGGCUGGGAGUGGCGCAAGUAUGGCCAGAAGGUCACUCUCGGCCAGACCUACCCCAGGAGCUAUUUCCGUUGCGCUCACAAGACUACUGGUUCUCAUCCUUGCCCAGCAAAGAAGUGGGCGGAGCGGUGCAACGACAACCCCUUCAACUGGCGCAUCAAGUACGUCGGCGAGCACAACCACUCCAAGCCGCCCCCCCGCCCCGUCACCAUCACCAUCAUCCAUGACGGACCCACGCAGCAGUCACAGGCAGCGGAGAGGAGUGAGCAGCAAGAAGCGUGCCUAGGGCUUGCCGUGUCUUCUGAUGGGCUGACCACAAGCAAGCAGCAGCAGCAGCAGCUGAAGCAGACGGAGGGUGAGAGAGGUGGUGGUGAUUGUGGUGCCGUAUCAGCAACCGAACGGGCUGAUUGUGAGGCUCAUCAGGCUGAUAAAAGGGAGGAGGCAGAUGGUUCACAAGCAGCAAACCUGCGGAACGGGGCGGAAAAGUCCGGAGGAGGAGGUAAUAAUGCAGAAGCAGACUUGAAGCGGGAGGAGGGGGCUGAGGCGGAGCGCGCAAAGGCAGAGGGUACUGGGAAUCCGGACAGGAGUGGAAACGGAGAUGGAAACGUUAAUGGGGCUGGGAAUGGGAGUGGGAAUGCGGGUGGCGGGAGCGGGACCGGAGGGGAGGAGUUGGAGAGUCAACCAAGUAUCGACAUCAAGCCGCGGGAUGCCCAGUCCAAUCCCAGUGCAUGGGCCUCCGGCCUUGGUUCUUCUUCAGCCAAUGAUGCCUCUGGGAUUGGCUCCUCUGCAGGCACCUCUGGGAACUCCAGUAAUCCUUUUCCCGGGUAUACCGGCCCGCUCCCCUCGGCUCUCAUGCAAGGCCCCCUCCCCACGCCCAUGUGGAUGUCCUCUCUCCCUCGGGAUUCUCCGCGGAUUCUGAUUGGCCCCGGGGGCGCCAGGUGGCCGAUGGGACGCGACUCGCCAGGUCAGCUGCAGUCGCUGUUCAACAUGCUGUCGCCGCUGAAUACUGCGCGGGUUUUUUCUGACGUGGCGCAAGCGCCGCUGCCGUCGCCUAUUGACUUGCCGGAGAUCAAAGGGGAGUAA